AUGGAGUCCAGCACCAAGAGGAUUAAGAUGGACAUCUUCAACUUUCCUACCAUCAAGGAGACACGUACCCCGGAGGAAGUGGCAGAGAGCUACGCUGAAGCCGUCAAGUUGCACCCCUUCUACGACAACGCGCACUGUGUUAUCGAUUUUUACGAUAGCGGCACCAUCAAAGAUGGCCGCGGAGAGAUCAUUGGUGUUGUGCUUCGGAAAGCCUUACCAAAGUACGCGACAUCCAUGGCGUCGGCGCUCCUCAUAUCCGCUGCCGUGCGAACCUCGCUUCGGAGCAUGAUAUUCGGUGGGGAGUCGCCUUUGAGUGGAAUUGCUGGCUACUUCGACUACCGGGGCUCGCCGGUGGAGCUGAAGUCACGCAAAACGUCCUUCACAUAUGAGCACGAGGAGGCAUGGUCGGCUGUCUUCCCUGUCGUCGAUUAUGUCAGCGAGAUCUACAGACAUGUGGCACCGGAGCGGUGGAAAGCACAAAACAACGCGAUUCCGGAUCUCGUGCGCAUUCACGGAACCCCGUUCUCCACGCUCACCAUCAACUCCCGCUUCCGCACAGCCUCUCACACCGACGUCGGCGACUUUGACGCUGGCUAUAGCUGCAUCGCAUGCAUUGAUGGGAAGUUUAAAGGGCUUGCCCUUACCUUUGACGACUUCCGCAUCAACGUGCUCAUGCAGCCGCGCGAUGUAAUGGUGUUUGACUCGCACCACUUCCAUUCAAACACGGAGGUGGAGGUGUCGUGCUCAGAGGAGGACUGGAAGCGACUUACCUGCGUUUUUUACUACCGCACUGCCCUCGGCGAGCCGUCAAGCUACGCCGAGUACCGGCGCCGGUUGGAAAAGUCCAAGCAGGAUCCCAGCUUCACUCCGGUGGUGAGCAACGUGAUGAUGAAGGAGAACGGCACAAACCUGAACCGUCCAUCCCCUGUGCACCCCGUCCCUCCCUCACCGUUUUGGUUGCCAAUGCUGGCGCAUUGCCUGCAGCACUGUGCAUCGGCGGCACAAAGCGUUCACGAAGCCAUGACGGCGGAUGGGAGUCAACUGGCUGAGAUUAUCUUUGGGGAACCGCUGUCAACAUCAGAUGGCAUCCCGCUGCGCGGAGACGACGAGAAGCUGAAGGCCAACGGUGACACCGGGGCCAAGCCGCUCUCACGUCUGGGUGGGUUCAGUGAGACGGAUCUGAUGGUUUCGACGGCAGCAGAGAAAAGAAAGUAUCUCGACAGCGAGUUUCUCUCCCACUGUAUCAGCGCGCAGCUACUGGACAUGUGGAAGCAGGCGCGUGCGAGGUGGUUGGAGCUGGUAGGCAAGGAGUGGAAGCACAUGCUUACCCUCAACCCUGAGCGCAAAGACUUUUUGUGGAAGAACCGGUCCGAGAUGAACUCGGCCUUUUUCGACCUCUGCGAGGUGGGAAAGCAGGUAAUGCUCGGCCUUCUGGACAAGGAGGCGGCGCUUCCAAAGGAAGAACAGGCUUUCUGGACCAUGUACGCUGUGCACCUGAGCGCAGCGUGCGCGGAGGAGCUGCACAUGCCCCAUGACGCAAUGUCACUCCGCAAGCUAAAUGUGAAGCUGAAGGACUUCAACUUUGGCGGCACACGAUACUUCAAAGACAUGCCACCUGAGGAGCAGCAACGCAGAAUGGAGCGCAAGCAACGCAUUGAGGAGGCGCGCCGCCAUGGCAUGACCGGCGCGCACGAAAAGCGAGCGAACUGGCUGACCAACGACUCAUUCGACUACCAAACCGAGGACUGUGUCGUGGAUUAUGCCAAACACAAGUGGGUGCUGCCUGAGCGUCACGCAAAGGCAGUCACGAAGAAUGUGCACACUGCCUGGCUCCCAACUAGGGAAGAGGUAGUGCGAGUGCUCGUUGUACUACCUGACUUGCAAAUCAGAGUCGAGGGCGUAGACUGCAAGCUGGAGAAGCCAGACACUGUGGAGGAUUCAUCAGAGUGGGUGCGCUUGGUGAGCAGCCCAGCUGUGCAUCGUCUCCUGGCCGCAGCGCAGCGCAACUUGCAGCUUCCGGACGACGUCAUGCAUGGCAAUAUCCACAUCCGUUUUGUCUUUCACAGCACGCUGCCUACGGACAUGUACGACUUCGUGGUGCUGCAGCAUGUAUUGAGCCGUAUCCCAGACGAUGUGCUGGCGUCGUCGUAUAUUACACGCGCUGCAGCCCUCUGCUCAGGCUGUCUCUUCGUGGAGGAGACGGAUGUGCAGUGCCGACAAUACUACACUCUCAAGUAUUCCAUUCGCCGCAACUACGACGCCGUCGCCCCGCACUUCUUCCAGCAGCUGCACCAGGCGAGUUACGGGACGAAAAUGGCACGCGUGCGCACCAAGGGGGAGUUGGAGGCUCUUAUUCCCACGGUGUGCUGUGCGCGCUACAAGCUACAAGGCUCACCGCUUAAUACGACCAUUCAUGUGGUGUCUCCCACGGCGCCCCACUAA